CAUUUUUUUCUGCUUGUUUGCCUUGGUGCACUGCCUUGGUUUUUUUUUUUCGCUCAGCAAGUCUCGAACGGCUUUAGAGACCGGGGUGGGCCAUUUCUCUUUGUCUGCUUUCUCUGCUUUUUUUCCAAAAAUGGCAGAUCUCAACCUUUCCCGCCCUCAAGUCAACGCCGCAACAGGCGACCAACAGCAACAGCUUCAUGGUGCCGUCCGACCUGCCUCGCCCACUCAAGACCGCCAACCUGAUGACAUUCAACGACCUCGCCUGGAGGGUCAUCAGGCGGCUUCUAACGAGCAGCAACGCUUGCAAGCUACGACAGGCGCUGAUCUCGCAGCGACUCGCCACCAAGCCCCAGCCCUUCAAGCCUCGACCAACCACGACCAGCUUGUCAGAUUUUGGCAAGCUCUUCACGCCGGCCAAGUGACCGAGCAGGUCUUUCGACGGGAUCCUGAUGCCAACGAGGUGGACGACCCGCCUCAAGCCCAAGUAACGAGGUUCUUGACUCUGCCUGACGGCGUGUUCUGGCUUGGGAACUCCACACUGGGAUCAGUGCUCAUGGUCCGCAGCUGCUACGAUGGACUUUUCGAUGCAAUCAUCAACCCGCCGGCGAAUCCUGAACCACAUCCAUUUUGGAUGGAUCCUCGGGUCCGCCCAACUUGGGUUGUCACUGGGAAUCCAGGCAUCGGCAAGACGUUCUUUCUGGCCUACUUUGUGUAUCGCUUGUUUCUGCAGCAUCCUCAGCUGGCGGUGGUUUACGAGCCUGCUCAACCGAUACCCGCCGUUCGCUACGUGCUGCAGCCUGACCAGUCUGUGACCCAAGACAGAAUUUCGUUCGACAGCUUUUCCAGCCGUCUUCUUUGGGCUCCGAAUCCCGAGACUUGGUACCUCGUCGAUGGCAGUUCUGGCCAUAGCUCCAAUGUUAACACGCUACUCGUCACGUCGCCACGCGGCGGCUUGGGCAAGCUGCUCGAAAAGAACGCCAACCCCAUGAUGUUCAUGCCAGUGUGGUCGUGGGACGAGCUUGUUGCAUGCCUCCGCCAGCAGAACGCAGCUGAAGAGAGACUGCAAGCUGCCGAGGAGCGGUAUUAUCGUUGGGGCGGCAUCGCGCGUCAUGUGUUCGAUGAUGAGCUGUCUCUGUCUGAGUCCGAAAGACGUUUGAACGCGGCGAUUAGCAAUCGCACGAUCGCCUCUUUUCGCGACCUGGAUCUGUUUACUGUUGAGCCAGAUCUAUCGCACGGAAUCUUUCACAUCGAGGUCCUACCCGACGGCAACCCUUUCCAACGCACCAAGAUAACGUUUGCAUCGAGAUGGGUGGCAGGUCAAGUUCUCAAACGUGCGCUUGCCACUGAACGCGGCGAGCUCAUGAACUUUUUGAGGGGUUCAUUCUGACCAUCCCGCCGCUCGCCCUCCUUCCGCGAGCCUGGCGCGAGUGUAUCUCAGUCUCCAGGAUUAUUGCUUUCUGCCAUCCUCUGGCAACCAUCCGGCCAUCGACGCCAGCGUCUCACCGAAGACGUUCUUCCAGAUGACGACCACCCUGUCAAAGCGCAACGAUUGAGUAACGCCAUUGCUCAUUAGCCCUCAGUUGUGCUUUAUGGUGCCCUUUGAACUCUUCCGCGGUUUUAAGGCGCAGUCAUCUUCGACUCCUUUGAAUGUACGGAUAGUCGUGCCAUUUGCACUCUGCAUCUCUUUCACAUCGCCGUUUCUGCAUUUUCUGCCAUAUCAAAUAAAGCGUGUUUGUCAACGAGA